AUGGAGAACUCUGAUAUCUCUGAACCGAAUCCGUGGUCCGAUUCUGUGAAAAGUUUGAAUGGUUCUGAUUACACGAAUGCAGAUGUCCCAGAAAAUAAUGUAUGGGACGAGAUUAAUAACGAGUUCGGUGCUACAGUUAGACCUAAAAAUUCUGAAUCAAAGCAUGAUGCUUCUAUUUUGAAUCACUCACCGACGGAUGGUAAUAGUGAUUCGCAGUCUGAUUUUGGAUCUUUCGAAAGUACCAAGUCUUUGAAAGCACCUUUCAUCUCAAAUAAUGAUUUUAUGAAUCAGGUUAAUAAACUGUUUUCAACUGAUAUUCAUCCCAUAGAAUGUGGCUUAAAGGGAAAUACUCAUAUUGAUAAUAACUAUCUUCGCAGUUAUGAAAGGCUCACUUUGCCAAAUCGAACCUACGCAAAAGAUAAGACACUCCCAAUUAAUUGUAGACCAAGAGUGAAAUUCAUGAAAAGUCAAAUAUAUAAAGAACUUGUCCGCAUAUGCAGGGAAUGGUCUUUAAUUGAAAGCGGUUUAGAUGGAUGUGAAGUGAAGGACAAAGAAGAAGAUCAAAAGCGCAUGAAUAUAUUCCAAUGGUCUUCAAGAAUUGACAAAGACACGGAUGAAUCAGAGAAUAACAAGAAUGAACUUGCGAAGCGACAAAAAAGGCAGAAAGAGCUUAACCGCAGGAGACUCAGUUCUAAAUUGUUAGGUGUGGCAUCUUUAGCGGCAGGUAAAAUAGUUAGUGAUCGACAAAAGCAAGAACAGAUCGAACGACAACUUGCGUUAAAAGAACGGCAAAAAAGAGAAGUAAGGUUAAAUGAAGAAAAAGUGAAGAAGCAACUUGUUGCUGAACGUUAUAAAAUAGUAGAAAAGGAAGCAAACAAAUCCUCAAGCAAGAAAAAGGGUUUUUUCUUUAAAAUGUUUGGUAGAAAGUCAAAAAUUGCCAGAGAUCAUCUCUCCGCGGAAAAUAUAUAUAAUAAGGAUGAUCCAGCAGAUCCAAAACCUUGUGAUGACAAGCAAAAAGAUUUGUUGUUUUUAGUUGAUGAGUUUGAUGGUCUACAAACAGGUGGAGAAAGCGAUUUGGAGGAUGAUGACAAGAAGCGGCAAAGGAGAAAAAAAAGAAAUUCCACAGAUAGUGAUGAUGAUGAUGAUGAUGAUGAUAGUAUAGCUGAAGGGCAAUAUAAUCAGUUAACUGGGAUUGACGGAUCUGAUUUGAUUUUAAGUAAGGAAGGUGAAGCCAAGACAGGUAUUGAUAAAUUGGGUUUGGACGAUGGUUUGUCAAAUUUGUCUGAUAUUACAGUGUACGCUUCCGCAAAUGUCGGUAAUGCUCAAGAUGCAUCUAAGCAAAGCCUAUCUAAUGGCCUUUCUGCACAAAUUGAUACAACUAAGAGUGGUCAGUUGAUUGAUUUAUGA